AUGAAAGUAGCUCUUCUCAUGUUUAUCAUCCUCGCUUUGCUAAAUUGUAAAAGCUAUGGAAAAUCGAAAUUGAAAAAAAAAGGCAAAAAUGGAAAAAAGAAUAUUUCGUUGGGGGGCGACUUUUUGGGGGAUAUUACACCUCUGCCCAAUUCAGUAUACAACCUACAUGUUGAUUUGAACAAAAAUUACGAACUAAGCAGUUUUCUUUUAAACGAAAGCGAACGGAUAAAUGAUACUCUAUUUUUAAUGUAUAAAGAACACUCGAAUACAGUGAAAGAACUCCAAGAAACGAUGGACCAAAGACAAAAGGCCAUAGAUCAGUUAAUUAACGAAAUGAAAGAACUCAAAAUUAAAUUUGUUCCCUAA